CUCAAUCUUCUUAUUUAUACUCAUCUCUAUGUGUUCUUCUCCCUUCAAUCUUACAACACUUCAAUUCUAUCAUCAUCUCAACACCAACACCAACACCAGUGUCUCUAAAUUAAAGCACUCAUUUUUAUCCACAUUAAUUGAUUAUAUUUCUUCCCUUUCUAAUUAUGGCUAAUUUAUUCCUUCUUUCUUUACUUCUCAUUUUCUUGUUCAAUUCAAGCAAUGCUCAGGGUCCCCUUUCUCCUGGCUACUAUCCUAGUUCUAAGGUUCAAUCGUUAGGGUUUAACCAGGGUUUUAGAAACCUUUGGGGUCCUCAACAUCAAUCUUUGGACCAAAGUGCUUUAACAAUAUGGCUUGAUAAAACCUCAGGGGGAAGUGGCUUUAAAUCUCUGGAAAAUUAUCGUUCCGGUUAUUUUGGCACUUCUGUGAAGCUACAACCUGGUUACACUGCUGGAAUUAUUACUUCUUUCUAUCUUUCAAACAAUCAAGAUUAUCCAGGGAACCAUGAUGAAAUUGAUAUUGAGUUUCUUGGAACAACGCCAAAUAAGCCUUAUACUUUACAAACAAAUGUAUACAUCAGAGGAAGUGGAGAUGGAAAUAUUAUUGGGAGAGAAAUGAAAUUUCACCUUUGGUUUGAUCCAACUAAAGCUUACCACAAUUAUGCUAUCCUUUGGGAUCCCAAUGAGAUCAUAUUUUUUGUCGACGAUGUUCCAAUCAGAAGAUACCCUAGGAAAAAUGAUGCUACAUUUCCACAAAGACCUAUGUAUGUGUAUGGUUCAAUUUGGGAUGCUUCAUCUUGGGCAACAGAGGAAGGAAGAAUUAAAGCCGAUUAUCGGUACCAACCAUUCAUCGGAAAAUAUAACAAUUUUAAAAUUGCUGGUUGUACAGCUAAUGAGAACCCCUGGUGCGGACGCUCGCCCUCCAGCUCUCCGUCUAGAGCUGGUGGGCUGAGCCGCCAACAAAUAGCGGCCAUGCUAUGGGUGCAGAGGAACUAUAAGGUGUAUGAUUAUUGUCGGGACCCUAGGAGAGACCAUACUCACACUCCUGAGUGUUAGUACGAUUCGUAAAAAGAAAAAAAGUAAAUUGCAUAAAAUUUCAUACUGUAAGUGAAUAUAAGUUAAAUUCAUAAAUAAAAGGAACGAAGAGAUUUUGUUUUGGAGUGCCUUGAGAUGGUCCUACUUGUUGCCGAUGAAUAGUUGGAAAGAGUAGUUGAAGCGUCCAAGUCUCCAAAGGAUUUCAAUGUGGAUUUUUACUUUUGUUUUCUUGAAAUUUAUGUAAGUGUGCAUUGAACAUGUUUCAUUUAAGUUUCAGGGGGAAAAUUUGUCAAGAAUAUUGAAGAAAAAGUGAAGUUGAUUUUGCCCCACUUGGGAUAUGAUUUUUGGUCAUUUCACCAGAAUUGUCUUUCAAUUGUACUUUAUCAUUGAUUAAAUGUAUUUGGUUUUUUAAUA